AAUAUCAAUAACCUACACCUAGAGUGAAGCAUUUCCAGAAAGAAGUGAAAUGCCUUCAUUUGUACUUGGUGUGGAUACACUGCUCUGUCAUGCUCUGCUCUUGGAGCUAUUAAAUCCUGACCAACUGUUACCACUGUAAUCUAGAAAAGAGAAUGUUUCAGAGUUGGUUGACUCUAUACAGUGUUUGUUAGAGCUGUGAAAACAAGAGAAACAGCAUUUACUGCAAGAUUACUAGCUAUUGCAUUAGCCUUUUGAGCAAGCUGCAGCCUAUUAAAAGUCACUUAACUGAGGCAUUAUCCUUACUUAGUGGACCAGGGACAUGUAGUUACUUCUCUGGGAAGGUAAACGCUAAGUUAGUGUGCAGAUUACAGUGAAUAAUCUUCACUGACUGGGUUUUAACUUGUUAUAGGCCCAUCAUAUGCUGCAUAAUACAAUUUUAUUGUCUUACUAAUAGCCCGGGAUAACUUUUAACACAUGUUCACCGAUGGCUUCUUGUUGCUUAAAGUUUUCUUGUUAGGCAAACCUAAAUACUGAAGCCUUAUUGUCCUGUGUGAAUCCCUGACACUGAAAUAGACCAGUGUCUCCAUGUAUUUUUUAUUAUUCGGUCAUUAACAUUUCAGAUGUAUAAGUUAGGGAGGUGUGGUAGUUGAUGUUGGAAGGACAUGCAAAGCAGCCGGCGGUGUGGCAGUGGUGUUGGUGUGGGGGUCAGUAAUUUUGGAGCAUUGUUGAUGAUAAAAACAAGGUGUGACUGCUUUCAGGCAUCUCUCUCUUAUGUCCUCCUUCCUUCAAGUGAACCAGUGUCCCGUGAAAUUGGGCUCUAAAUUACAAGACUAGUGUGCUCUGUGCAAGGGGUUUAAAAACGACUCGCUCUGCAGCUAACGACAUUGACUGGACCACAACAGUCAGCAAACAGGCGAUCCGCAGGCCUGACUUUGGUUUGAGACUGGUGUAGUGUUGAUAAAGGGAAACAAUCUCUCUGUUUAUCUCCUUGUGGAGGAUGUGAUGGUUAUAUCUGUUUCAUCGCUGUCAUCAUUAUCAGCGUCGGCCCAUGACAGAGAUGGUGACGAUUUUGGAGUUCCAGUUAUAAAUCAGAGCUGUUUCCCUGUUUGUCUCCCCCCCCCUCUUCUACCUCCAGCGAGAGAUUGUCUUUAUUUGAAUAAUAAGGCUCUUAUCUCAGUGAGUUGCUAUUGUGCUGGCCACUGCAUUUCCUCAGUAUCACUCUGUCUUCUUCCCCUCUGUUUUGUCCUUAAUCAUACAUGCCUACCAACCCACACACACACACCGCUCAUUCACUUUUUAUCUUCUGUCCUGGACCUCACCUCUCCUUGUCCCUCUUUCCCUCCACUGAAGGUAAUAUAGAGAUACUGGAUUCUUAAACAUAAAUCAGUCUGUUUUUUCCAGAAGUUUUUCCAUCAUAUUGAGUUCACACUACAGAUUUAAUCAGCUGUCUCACUUGUAGAGGACUCUUCACUAUAGUGCUAGCAAGCCAUUUCUGAAAUAUUAAACUGCCCAUCAGUUAAAUCACAGCACAAUUGAACUUGGUAAAAGACAAACUCAGGCAUGUAAGCCUUAAAAUGUUGAGCUUAAAAUACAGAUCUGAAAGCAGUCAUGGGCGUCUUCAUUCCUGAGAAAGUCAGUCAAUGCUUUGACAGCUUUGAAAAGACUGUCGUGGAUCAUCAGUUACAGGAUGUGCAUGUACUGAUUUGUCUCUGCCUCAACAUCCCAGAUGGAGAUGUAACCUCCCCAUAUGUUUGAACCCGCCCAAAUCAUAUGCUGAAAAAUAACAUACCGAAGUGGCCAGGCUUUUCUGAUUGGUUGAUCCUUUGGUUGGACUGGCAGUAGGUGGAAAAGGCCAUUUGUCAGCAGUAUCUGCCACUCAGGUCGAAGCCAACAAGAUGUGGACAAAAAUCUAUUUCAUCAUUAAUGGAAUAAUACCACGGUUAAUGUGCCACCUACUGGAGCAGAACACAAGGUCAACCCGAGGUCAAAUCCAUGGAUGCUGGGUUGCAGAUAUCCCUUGAUUCACAGUCAUGGCCAUGUCAGAUUAAAAAAAAUAACCCUGCCAUGAACUCCUUGAGAAACAUGUUCUAACCUCUUUUUUUGUUCAUUAACCCCUAACUCUAACUUUAAGAUGUUGGGAUAGUGAUGUGUAUUUCCUCUCCUCCUAGGGUUACUUCUUGCUGUUUGAAUCCAUGUUGGACUCUGUUCUGUAUGCCAGAGACCUCUACUUGGCUGACGGGGGCUCGGUGUACCCAGACCUUUGUAACAUCAGCCUGGCAGCUGUGGGUGAUGUACAGAAGCAUCAAGAACGCAUUGCAUUCUGGGAUGAUGUAUAUGGCUUUAACAUGACAUGCAUGAAGAAGGCUGUGGUGCCAGAGGCUGUGGUGGAAGUGUUGAAAGCAGACACACUCAUCUCUGAACCUACAGUCAUACAGACAAUUGACUGUAACAGAGUGUGUCUGUCUGAGCUGGAGUUUUCAUCAGAUUUCCACUUGAAGAUAACAAACACCACAGAUUGCACGGCAAUUGUGGGCUACUUUGACAUUUUCUUCGACAAAGGCUGCAGCAACAAGGUGAUGUUCUCCACUGGUCCUCAGGUCACAAAGACACACUGGAAACAGACCGUGUUCCUGUUGGAGAAACCUGUGUCUGUCCAAGCCGGGGAAGAGCUUCAGGGAAAGAUCACUGUGCGCAAAAACAAGAAGGAUCCACGAUCACUGUGGGUUACCUUUGAACUCCGAGACAGGAAGCAGACUUAUAGCCUCCAAUAAGGACAACCAUCACAUGGUCCUUGCCACGAGUAGUUCGAAAGAAUUAAUACCUUAAGUGUUUUAAAUGUUGGUAUUGUUCUUGGCUUUUGAAAUAAAACAUACUGUAAUAUGA